CCGAUGAUUAGCCACAUUUCCCGCCAGUCUUCCUCAACCAUGCCAGUCACAACGACGACCGGCUCGCGGCUCGCCUUGCUGCUGCUGGUGCUGUCGAUGAGCAGCACCACACUGUCGGUGCCUGUCUCCGACACGCUUGGCUGCAAACCCAUACACGGCCAUCACCUGAUCCGCAAAUGCGGCGAUGCAUACUUCGACCUUGCUUCCGUUCGCGGAGCUGACGGCAAGACGCUCCUCUCCACAAAAUCUGGCGAUGGGUUCAUCUACUACUUGGAGCUCCACCAUAAUGGUGUCCCCCAUAAUUUGCCCAACUGCACCCUGCCCGAUGGACGGUGGCUCGGUGCGCAAGCCAGCCUGCACGGUGGGGGCUGUCGCACCCUGGCCGCGUCCAAUCUCGAGUAUUGGCAGUACGACAACUCAACCCGCCAGCUCAUCAUCGUAGCAACGGGCGGCACGAACGGCACUUCAUUAUUCAUGUCCAUUCAAUGCCAGCUGGGCGCCAAGUACAGCACCCUGCGACACCUCGGACACACCGGCUUUACGCACAACUUCUUACUCAACAUCCCGAGCACACACUGCACGGAGGGCCCUGAUUCUUCUCCGCACAGAAGCGGCAUGUGGGUCAACACCUCUCCGUCGCUUGAAGGAAGCUGGUUUACCUCCUGCCAUGUGUCAUCGACAUCCGUCUGCUUCCUCGUUGCGUCCAUCUUGUGCGUGGCCGCGUGUGUGCGACUGCAUGGAGUGUUGAUGGCGUUCCACAGAAGAGGCGCUCGUUCUGAGAAGGAGCAGGCCUUCAAGUAGCCCCUUGCUCUUCCCUUGAUCGUGCUUGAACUUGUUACUCCUGACGGCGCCGCCCUCGAUCCGCCCGCUUCUGCUGCUAUGGCGAUCCAUCCCUCUUCGAUUCUUCUUUCUUCUUCUCCUCCUCCUCCUCCUCUUCCUCCUCCUCCUUCUUCGCGCCUGGCUUGUGUUACUCUUGAGGGCUCUGUUGUUUCAGUCGUGCCUGCGCACGACGUGCCUCCCUUUGUUCGCGCCCUUCCCUGCCACCCCUCGACGUUGUCUGAUGAUGAUGGUGUUUCAGCGCCAUCAUAGCACCACAAUGCGCUCCUGUUACACACCGAAGCAAGCACCGACAACCAUCGUGAUGACGAUGAACGAACACGCAUCACUGCAUAGAGGAAAGUGGUGUUGAGACAGCAAG